UAAAUUGCCUCAUCUAUUCACUCCUUCAAUCCACUUCAAACAUUCAAACACACACACACCCUCUCUCUCUCUCUCUCUGAGAAAUUGAAGAGAGAUCGAUGGUGAAUCUAGUUGCAGCUCAGAAGCCAUUGUUGCAUGGCCUGAUGAAGAUGGCGGGAGUGGUUCCCCACGCAGUGGAGAUCGAGCCAGGCACCACCAUGAACUUCUGGGUCCCCAAAGAAACCAUCAACAAGAAGGCAAAGGCGGCCGCCGAUAAACCCGCUAAGCCAAGCAAGCCGGCGGUGGUGCUCGUCCAUGGCUUCGCAGCCGAGGGCAUCGUUACGUGGCAGUUCCAGAUCGGAGCUCUCACCAAGAAGUACGCAGUCUACGUGCCGGACCUCCUCUUCUUCGGCGGCUCCAUUUCCGACAGCGGCGAUCGGUCACCGACGUUCCAGGCGGAGUGCCUGAUGAAGGGAUUGGGGAAGCUGGGCGUUGAGAGAUGCGCCGUGGUGGGGUUCAGCUACGGCGGGAUGGUAGCGUUCAGGAUGGCGGAGCUGUGGCCUGAGGUGGUGGAGGCAUUGGUGGUUUCCGGCUCGAUUCUGGCCAUGACGGAUUCGAUCAGCCAGACAACGCUUCAUAGUCUAGGGUUUUCUUCUUCAUCGGAGCUGCUGUUGCCUAGCUCCGUCAAGGGUUUGAAGGCGCUUCUAUCUGUCGCGGCUCACAAGAAGCUCUGGUUUCCCAACAAACUCCACAAGGAUUUUCUUGAGGUGAUGUUCAACAACAGAAAGGAGAGAGGUGAGCUUCUAGAGGGCUUGAUUGUCAGCAACAAAGAUGCCACCAUCCCCAUUUUCCAACAGAGAAUACAUCUCCUGUGGGGUGAGAAUGAUCAAAUCUUCAAGCUGGAGCUUGCCCAGAACAUGAAACAGCAACUAGGAGACAAGGCAACAUUUCAAGGGAUAAAGAAAGCCGGUCACCUGGUUCACCUGGAACGGCCGUGUGUCUACAACAGAUGUCUCAAGCAAUUCCUUGCUUCAAUCCACCCGAAAGAAGAUCGAAAAUGACGAAUUCAUCUCCAACUUUUAUUCUGCAGGGGUAUGAGAAGAAGAAACAUUUGCUCGGGGACUGAAUGUGGAAUAGUAACUUUUAUUAAUUAUGCUUCAAACAGAAGAUCAGAGUUGUUUUAUUUAUGGUUGGAGGAGGUAGGAAAUGAGUGUGAAUGGAUUGAUUUCCUUUUACUUA